GGAAAAUCUAUCUGCAGGCCAUCAAACGAAUAACGGAAACAAUCGCAAAGAAGCCGACGUAGCCCUUGAUAUAGUGAAGUUUUUGAACACAACUGAAAAAAUAUGGGUUUAUAACUCUAGUGAAACGACCCACUUAUCAUGCAAGGUGGAUGUCGUUCAUAAUGUAACAAAUAAUAGCAGCUACAUCACCAGGUAUUAUUUAUUGAACCUCACCGUAUAUAACGACACCUUUAUAGCAGAUCUUCUGGAAAAUGAAUAUACUGGAGACAUUGGCAUGCCAAACGAAAUGAAAAUUAGGAAUUGAGAGCACAAAACUAAAUUUGAAACACUAACUUACCAAAGCCCUGACAACAAAUGCGCUGUUUUCUUUGUGAGCUUCUUUAACGACUCAGGGAAGCACCGUAAGAUGUCACAUUUAUCCUUGGCCAGGAAGUGCUGACAGAAAAUAUUGCAGAAAGAAACAUAUAUCUGCAGACAUGUCAGUAUACAAAGGAGACUUAAAAUGUAUACGAUGUGGUUUCUGCAAUGAAGGUGGUAGAAAGAAGUCAUUUGUGUGUUUACUGGUGGAGUCUUUCUGCGAUCGUAUCUAAGAAAUCUAUGAUGUUUACCUUAUUUCACUAAGCAGAAUAAUAAAGAAAAUGUUUUAGUCAAAACUAAUCUCAAAGCAAAUGCGGGACUAUGCUGAGAUUCAGUGCUAACAGGAAAACACCGGCAACUGCUUCUCCAAUUGCUGCAUGGGAAGGUCAACAACCAGAUUUAAUGGCAAAAGCUCCUACGCAAAAAAUGACGCACAGUGAAUAGUUGAAGUAGAGAAAUGUCAUGGAAUAUUUCGCCGACGUAGAAAAGGGAAGAUUCAGUUUGAUAUACGCGAUAACUGAUUAAAGGUCUUCUGGAUACGAUACCGCUUUAGAACACUGCGGAACGCAGCAAUGCCAUUGCACAGCUUGUGUAUAACUCUUUUCUUUUGUACGGUACUGCCAACUAUAAUUUGCAGCGGCAAUGUUGAUUACGAUGACGAGUAUUAUUACUACGAAGAAACAAGUACCCAGGAAAAUGAAUCUGGAGACCAUCAAACGAAUAACGGAAAAAAUCCCCAAAAGGAUGAAGUGGACCUUGAUAUAGCGAAGUUUUUGAACACAACUGAAAAAAUAUGGGUUUAUAACUCUACUGAAGCUACCGAUAUAUCAUGCAAGGUGGAUGUCGUUCAUAAUGUAACGAAUAAUACCUGCUACUUCACCAGAUACUACUUAUCGAACCACACCCCAAAACACGACGACUUUAGUGCAGAUCUCCUGAAAAAUCCGUAUUCUCCUGGUCACAGUGGCACGCCAGACGAAAUGAAAAUUAGGGACGGAGAUCCCAAUACUCCAUUUGAGACACUAAUUUACCAAAGUGCCGACAACCUAUGCGCUGUUUUCUAUCUGAACUUCCCGAGCAACAUGAGAGUUUCAUCAUGGUUUGAACUUCGACUGAAAAAUUCUUCUUUAGAAAAUGGUCCUAAUAAAGAGUGCAUGCAGGAUUAUGCUGAUUAUCUUUCUACUAAAAAACUAAACACACAUUUUAACUAUACUUCUGAAUGCCAAUGCAUAUUCCAAUAA